GAUUUAUUUUUUUAUUGAACGAAAGGAUUUUAAUUAAAUGAAAAAAUGAGUGAAUUUCACCGUAGUCCAAGUAAAGUAUGGUGGGGUAACAAUGAAUACACAUCCCCAAAUGCACAUCGAUUAAAUUUUGAACAAUGGCAACAACAAACCCCAGAAUUCGAGGAAGAACCUGCAACGGAAGUUGUCACUGAUAUGAAUCAAUAUGAAGGGAUUACAAGUUUUAAUACAUCCAGUCGUGAAAAUACACCAGAAUUAAAUCAAAAAGAUAUCGAUUGGUUAAAUCGUAACACAUCUGGUAGUCCAAAUAGUCAUAAGAGUCAAGAUUCAGGAUUUUCAGAUUCUGAAACAUCGAAUAGUAUACCAAAUGAAACAGUAGUUAUUUCUGGAAAUUUUAUAAAAGACUGUCAAUUAACUGAUAACACACCGAUAAAAAAUUUAAAUACAAAUUAUAAAGAGAAAUAUUCCCCCAAAAAAUGUAUAUCCAGCCAAAUAAAUUGCAUGAAAAAAUUCCAUUCAGCCCCUACAACCCCAGAACAAAUUACCUUACCCCAAACACAUUUAACACAAUCAUUACCGUUUACUCGAACAAUUCAACAGCCAUUAUUAAUUUAUCCAAAUCAAAUUGAAAACUCCCCAAAUAUAAUUAUUCCAUCAAAUUUUGAAAUAGUUUACACAUCUCGUCCGGCCACAACCAGUAAAAUUCCAUUCAAAUCAAAUUCCACCCCUUUAUCAACAUCACCGUUACCAACGAAAUCUCGAACUGAAAACGUAAAAUUUCGACGAAGUCGAUCAUCUUCAAGUCGAUCUUCUCCGAAAGUAAAUCGAAAUUUAUUCAGUUGUUAUCCAAGUCAUGAAAAUUCGAUGGAAGAUAUCACAAAAUUAAAUGAUGACUUAAAUUGGACACCACAAAAAGUUUUGGAUAAUUCAAGGCUGAUAAUCUCACCAAAUAACAGUCCAAGACUGUCAAGGACUGUACCCAUUUAUUUACCUGAAAAGCGGCAACCAAAUAGAUUAAAUCAAACAGCUCCAGCUGGCAACGAAUUAAAAUACGAUCCGAACGAAAUCUCUUUUGAAGAAACGAAUGUUAUCCAGCCAAAUUUAACUGCGUCACCCUUAUCGAAUGACUCACAAAAUUUACCAAUAACAAUUGAUAAUUUCGAACCAAAUCCAAAUCAUCAAUCAACUCCGAAUAAUAACAUGGGUCCUGUUUCAAGGAGGCAGAAUUUAUGUUUACAGAAGAAAAUAUUUAAUAAUAUCAUCGAAAAUAAAAAAGAAGCAUCACCAAAGAGUUCACCUCAACCCCCACCCGUUGCUAAGUGGUUAGAAGAAUUAUCGAAAUUAUACGAAGCUGAAUGUAUGGUAACUUUACAAAGUAAAUCGCUGGCUGCUCAUUUAUCAAGACAAGUAGCUGAAUCAGCAACACAGGCAACGAUAACAAUCAAAUCAUUAUUCGCCCAUUCGAAAAUUAUCUAUUCUGAUUUUUAUACAAUACUUCGACAGUUAUCGAAUAAUAAAUUCGAGCAUUUAGCACCGUUGAUACAAAGUUUAAAUGGAAAUAUCACCGAAUUUAUUUUAAAUUAUAUAAUUAAUUCACAAGCUAGUUCUUUGACGAAAACUGAAGAACGGGGGCAAGAUGUCCAAGAAAUUUUACAAUUAUGUGAUUUUCUUCGAACGGCUACCACAACCGAUUGUUCAAUUGAGGAGUUAGAAUUAAAUGUGAAAAAGUUGAAAGCUUUGUUCAGAGAGGUGGAACGUGGUAUUUUGGCUAUACAGAUUCAGCUAUUAAUAAAUAUGAUAGACGAACCUACUACUGAAUUAGCUUUACGAGGCGCAGUUCAAGGUGUAACCUGGGUAUCAUCUCAACAAUGUACUGGAGCAACUAAUCUGCUAAUACGAUGUGGCGCUCCCAGAGCUCUGCUCUCAGUAUGUUUGGAUAGCAAAGCAAGUACAUUACGAGCGGCAGCUUUUCGAGCUUUAGCGACAGUUUGUUCAACGAGUGAUGCUAUUCGGCAGAUUGAACAAGCUGGAGGAAUUGAAAUUAUUGCUGAUAUAUUAUCAGAAGAUUCACGCCCAGAACCAGAAUUAUCUGAAGCAGUAGCAGUCAUUGCUCAAAUAACUGCUCCAUGGAUUGAAGAUAAUCAUACAAUUUCUGGAUUAAAGGAAAAUGCGAAGUCUUUAAUAAAUUCUCUAACACGAAUCUUAACAACGUCCCAGUGUUGCCAGAAUUUAUUACUUUGUGCUGCGGCAUUAGCUAAUAUCUCGUGUAUGGAACCAUCCACUGUUUGGCCAUUAUUACAAUGUCAUACCGCGGAAAAACUAUUGACAACAGUACAAAAACGUGGACCAAAAAUUUCAGUAUUUCUAAAGGAACAAGUUGCUACAUUAUUAGCUAAUAUGUCGGCGGCAAAUGAAUCACGAUUACAACUAGGCGAAGCAAAAGCAGUAGCUGCUCUCUUAUGCUUUUUACAAAUACCACCAACAGUGUAUGAUGAAACACGUGCAUCGGAGCAAGCAGCUAAUUUACGAUUACAACAAAAAUCCGCGAUUGCUCUUUCUAGAUUGUGUAAUGAACGAAGUAUUUCCCAACAAGUUGUAGAACUUGGCGGUGUUAAUCAAUUAGUACGACUUUGUAAAGAAAAACGGGAACGAAGUCACAGUGAUGCUGUAUUAGUAGCGUGUCUUGCAACGCUUCGAAAAAUUGCAUCAAAUUGUGGAAAUAAUGUUAUGAAGGAACAAGAUGCGAUGGAAUUAGUAGAACCACGAUUAUUAGAUUCUUUUUUAACAUAUUCAUCACAAAAUGAAAGUUAUGUGUAAUUUUCCUCGUGAAAUAAUUUUUGUGUAUAUAAAAUAGUGCCCUAUCCUAUUAUUAUUUAAAUUAUAUACCUCAAAUUUUAAAAUUGUUUUUACGAUUUAAUUCCCCAAACAAUUAAAUCGUAAAAAUUAAAUGAGAUUAAAAUUAUUAAAAAUAAUGUAUAUAAUAACUUAUCCCAAACUCAUCUUUUUGCCCUAACAUAAAAGGCGUUGUCUUAACUUCUCUAGCAAAUUACAUGUGCAAAAACGACGCAUUUACAUGUGCUGAAAAUUUAAUCUGUACCCGAAUCAGGUGCGGGUUGAAGUUCAAUAAUUAUGAAAAACCGCUAAACAUUUUCCAACUGUUUUGCAUAACUGAACUGUUGUGUUAUACAACUAACGGUUAUGUAAAAUGGUUGAUUCGGCAAUCCAUCUACGACAACUCUCUAACGUGCCAUACAAAUUUGUCAUAUUUGUCAAAUUGUUUUAAUCAAAAUUCAUUGUUUAAAAAUAGUGUCGUUUCGAUAAAAGAGGGAGUACCGCGAUUGCUUACGAUUGCUUACGAAUUAUGUAGAUGGAUACGUAAGUUAGUAUAUACAUUGAAAAUUUUUCAACCAAUUUCUUUGCGAGUUUAUUAAAAGGAAGUUGGUAGAAAAUUCGUAAAAUUUAUUCAAAUAUGUACAUUAAUAAUAACAAAAUAAAUUUGAAACGACUUGAGUAAUAAAAUAUGAUUACAGCCUUCUUAAAUAUUUUCGAAAUACGGAAAUUCUAGAAACUGUAAUUGAUGAAGAAAGCCAUUGACGGAUUCAAAAAAACAUUUUAUUCUACUAUUUUUAUCUGUAAGGCAUUUAAUUUAUUUAAUCACGGUGGGAUCAGGAAGAAUUAGCGGUCGAAAUUUAGAUUCCCAAUAUAAAAUAUUCGCAACUAGCUUUUUUCAACUUCUGCUUGAUGAUGUAUUUAGGUUGACAUCUGGAAUAAGUGCUGCCAAAUAAUCAUCUUUUUUAACAGCAUUUGUUCCUAUUUAGAAUUUUUUCAAAUCCACAGAAAUAAUUUUCUGGUAUGAUAUUUUUGACAGCAUUUGUUUCUGUAGUUCUGCCUCAAGCCUGAUCUGUGAGAAAUAUUUUUUGCAAAAAAACCAUAAAACUUCGUUCUGGAACUAUAAGGAACUCAAUUACAAAAAAAUUUCCCAAUUAUCCUCGUCUUAUUCAGAUUAGUGUGCGUAUAUUGAAAUAUUUUUAAUAAAUCAGCUUCUUUAGCAGAUAU